AUGACAUUGAUAACAUUAUUCAUAAUUUUUCUUUUUAAUGUCGGAGGCUAUGAAACCACUGCUGAAGACUUUCCCUACCAAGCAUAUGUUUUGGUCAAAAGUGGGAGAUACACUACGUACUGUGGAGGCUCUAUUAUCAACGAAGAGUACGUUCUAACAGCUGCUCAUUGUGUUCACAGUUUCGAAAUUUCCGUGAGGACUGGUGUGACAGAUAUAAGGGAAUCUGACGAAAAGGCACCAAUUGUACCAGGAACAUAUACUAUUCAUCCGAAAUAUAAUAGUAAUAAUAACGACUAUGACGCAGCCCUAAUAAAAUUGAAAAGAAAAUUGACAUUUGGGAAGAACAGCAAGGCCGUUGAACUUGUAAAAUCUGGUGAAGAUAUUCCUGCUGGUACUAAUGUAACUGUUAGUGGAUGGGGUAGUACUAGUGAUGCUGGAAGUGGAAGUAAGAUCUUGAUGGCGGUGACUACAACAGUGCAAUCAGAUGAAACGUGUUAUCGUUCAUUUUUUUCAAGAUACACGUCAAGAAUGAUUUGUACGGAGAGAUCUGGAGGAGGAUAUAACCCUUGCGAUGGUGAUUCAGGAGGUCCCCUUGUUGAAACAGCAUCGAAGAAACAAGUGGGUAUAGUAUCGUUUGGCAUCGCCGACAGAUGUGCAUCUGCCCCGCUUGCGUACAUUAGCAUGGCCAAUCCAGAGAUAAGGGACUGGGUAACAUCUAUAACGGGUGUUUAAAACAUAAUCUCCCUGACAUUCUGGUAAAAGAUUCAAUAAAUAGUUAUUAACA